AUGGAAAAUGCUGCGCAACUCGUCUUCCAGGGAGAUGCCCUGCACCACGCCUGGGCCUCCAUCUCAGCUCAAUCGCCGGCGCGGCUAUUGCACGUACUCCCCGCCUGGGUUUACGUAGCUUGUAUCGCCAUCUUCGGCUGGUGGACGAUGAGGCGGAUAAAUGCCGCGAAGGCUUUGAAGAAUUGGAAGUUUGACUGUCCCGAGGUCCCAAGAGACGGGCCGAACCUCGGAUCAACUCUCAGAAAAGGCCUCGUACAGUACCCCGAUGAGCCGUUCAAGGUCUCAACGGCGGAUGGCUUUAUUGUCUUCCUGCCCUCUCGUCACAUCCAGGAACUCUGUAUGCAUCCCAGAACCGUAGUUUCCUUCGGCCAUAUGGUCCUGCAGUACUUCUCAUCAUGGGCAACCGGCUUCGGUGUCAACAACGACACCUUUCUCAAAGGCACCAAAUUGGGGCUCCUGUCGAACGGUGCCCGCUUCAUCGGACCCAUGAUAGACGAGACAACGGCGUCCUGUGCUCGGCUAUUUGGCUGUGGCGGAGACAACAACACCGACGAGAAGGGAUGGACGUCCGUCAAUGUCAGCUACGCCGCCGGCCAGCUCACAGCCCAAAUCAUGGGUCGGGCCUUUGUGGGCAAGUCACUUUCUCGAAACCAAUCCUGGGUCGAUGGACAAGUAUCGUACUUGGCCUACGUGUGGGCGGCGGCCCGAGGCAUCCAGAACUGGCCCCUAUGGAUACAACCGCUCGUGUACCGUUUCGUCAAGGGUUACAAGGACUUACGACAGGAAGAGAGGCGACUUGCAGAAAUGCUGAGACCCGAGUUCGACGCCGUCAGACUCGGAACCUACGGCAGUGAAGCGAAAACGAAGCGGGAGCAGACCAUGAUCGACCACUUUCUCACCGUGACAGAAGCCGGCAAACGAGAAGACAUCAUGUUUCAUAUGACACUACAAUACCAGCUCAUCUUUACCGCCAUACACCCGACCUCAGAAACGCUGUGGCAAGUUCUCUACGACAUUGCACUCUACCCCGAGUGCCAGGCAAUUUUGAGACAGGAACUUGCUGGGGUUGAUCGGACAGACCACAAAUCCUGGCUUUCUCAGGUGCCAAAGAUGGACAGUUUUAUGAAAGAGUCUCAACGACUGCACGCCGCCUCACUCGUCACUUUAACCAGGAAGGUUCUGAAACCUAUCACAACCUCGACAGGGCUUCAUUUCCCCGCCGGUACCCAAAUCUCAUACAUGACAGACGCCGUUAACCUCGACCCGAACAGGUGGACAGAUCCUGAAGAGUUCGACUGUCUGCGAUUUUACAAGUUGAAACAGGAUGUCAAGACCGACUCUCAGCAGGUGACGCUGAACUACUCAUACUCGGGUAGACCGGAUCAGUUAAACUUCGGCUAUGGUGUGCAGGCGUGCUGUGGCCGUCACUAUGCGGGAUGGUUCAUCAAAAUGGUACUCGCCGAGCUGGUGACCAAGUACGAUUUGAAGUUGAAGGACGGCCCCGGUGUCGGCGACGGGAUGAGAUUCUUUACCAUCCGGAGCCAGAGGAUCGGAAAUCCAAAGGCCGAGAUCUUGGCUCGCAGACGGGAGAUGUGA